GCGGGAGACGCAGGAACGCCCGGAGCGCGGCCCGGGCGGGAUGGGGUCCCGCUCCCGCGCCGCUCCGCCUGACCUUGCUCUGUUGUAAGGCGGCUGUAGGACGCAGAGGUUCAGGUCGUUCUCUGAAGCGCCCAGGCCUGUGCGCGGCCCCUCGGGAACGUUCCGGGUAGUUGGUGAUGAUAACAAUAGGCGGUGGCCGCCUGUCACUGCGCCUCCCCGGCUGGCGGUGAGCCCUGAAUGUGCGGCGCUGUCGUGUAUGCUCGUUCCCGCGCUCCUUUAUUCCACUAAUUCACGGGGCGCCCUCUGCGUGCCAGGCACGUCCUGUUCUCUGAGCAUAUUCCAUGCUUGUCAACAUGUUCCCUAACACAGGUCUUUUAUUUUUUUUAUUUGUUGCUUAAUUUGUCCUAAGAUGUAACUGGCUAGAGGAGCAUGAAACUUGGUGGUUCAUUCACCAAAAAUAUUUUGAUUUGGGUUUCAGUUUAAAUUUUUCCCUACAAAUUGACAGCCCCCAGUUGUGGACACGGAAUGAGUAUGAGGAGAGGUCUGUGAGUAAUCUUUAUUUUAUUACUGCUGUCUCUUCAGGAAGAGCUUGUGUGCUAGUGGAUUAGAACUGUUUGCCUUCCAUCAAUACAUAUUUAAGUACAUAUACACAUGCACUUACAUAUACUUGACAUUGAGUUAAAUAAGAAAACAGUAUUUGAUUAAGUUCAUUACUAGUUUAUUUAGCAUUAGAAUCAAGUAGAAACCAAGACUCCUACAAUUUUAAUGGAAUUUUUACUUUUACCAUUUUUAAAAACAGGAAGCAGAAAGGAAUCUGAGAUUUAUUGAACACUGCUCUGUCUCAGCCACUGUUCAGUGUAACUGUUCUAACUCUAGCAUAUGCCUGGAGGCAAUGAGAAGGUUUUUGUUACUCUAUGCUACACAGCGAGGACAAGCAAAGGCCAUAGCAGAAGAAAUAUGUGAAAAGGCAGUUGCACAUGGAUUUUCUGCAGAUCUUCACUGUAUUAGUGAAUCGGAUAAAUAUGAUCUAAAAACUGAAACAGCUCCUCUUGUGGUGGUGGUUUCUACCACGGGCACAGGAGACCCGCCUGACACAGCCCGCAAAUUCGUGAAGGAAAUACAGGACAAGACGCUGCCGGUUGAUUUCUUAGCUCACCUACGGUAUGGAUUAUUAGGUCUGGGUGAUUCAGAAUAUACGUACUUCUGUAAUGGGGGGAAGGUGAUUGAUAAACGGCUUCAGGAGCUUGGUGCCCGGCAUUUCUAUGACACUGGACAUGCGGAUGACUGUGUAGGUUUAGAACUUGUGGUUGAGCCGUGGAUUGACGGGCUCUGGGCUGCCCUCACUAAGCAUUUUAUGUCAAGGAGAGGAAAAGAAGAGAUGAGUGGGACUCUCACAACAGCAUCAACCGCCCCCCAGAAGAUGGACUCUGUGAAACCGGAAUUAAUACACAUCGAAUCACAAGUUGAACUUCUUAGGUUAGAUGACUCAGGAAGAAAGGAUUCUGAGGUUUUGGAACAAAAUGCAGUGAACAGAAGUCAAUCAAGUGCUUUGAUAGCAGAGUUUGAGUCUUCACUUACCCGUUCAAUACCCCCACUUUCCCAGGCCUCUCUCAAUAUUCCUGCUCUACCACCAGAAUAUCUACAGGUGCAUUUGCAUGAGUCUCUUGGCCAGGAGGAAAACCAAGUAUCUCUGACUUCAGUGGGUCCAAUUUUUCAAGUUCCAAUUUCAAAGGCAGUUCAGCUGACUACAAAUGAUGCCUUAAAAACCACUCUUCUGGUAGAAUUGGACAUUUCGAAAACAGAUUUUUCCUAUCAGCCUGGCGAUGCCUUCAAUGUGAUCUGUCCCAACAGUGACUCUGAGGUGCAAAGCCUACUCCAAAGACUGCAGCUCACAGACCAAAGGGAGCACCGUGUCAUGUUGAAAAUUAAAGCUGAUACCAAGAAGAAAGGAGCAGCCAUGCCCCAGCAUAUACCUGAGGGAUGUUCUCUCCAGUUCAUUCUUACCUGGUGCCUCGAAAUACGUGCAAUUCCCAAAAAGGCGUUUUUGCGAGCCCUUGUGGACUAUACCAGUGAUGGUGCGGAAAAGCGCAGGCUGCAGGAGCUGUGCAGCAGACAGGGAGCGGCCGAUUAUAACCAUUUUGUCAGAGAUGCCUGUGCCAGCUUGUUAGACCUCCUGCUUGCGUUCCCAUCCUGCCAGCCCCCGCUCAGCCUCCUGCUCGAACAUCUUCCUAAGCUCCAGCCCAGACCAUAUUCAUGUGCAAGCUCAAGUCUUUCUCACCCGGGGAAGCUUCACUUCGUUUUUAACGUCGUGGAGUUUCUGUCCAACACCACAUCGGCAGUUCUGCGGAGAGGUGUGUGCACAGGCUGGCUAGCCACGCUGGUUGAGCCAGUUCUUCAGCCAAACACACGUGCAUCCCCUGCAGACGGCAGGAAAGCCCCGGCUCCAGAGAUAUCCAUCUCUCCUCGGACAGCAAAUUCUUUCCACUUACCGAAUGACCUCUUAGUCCCUGUCAUCAUGGUGGGUCCAGGAACUGGCAUAGCGCCCUUCAUUGGUUUCCUGCAUCACAGAGAGAAACUCCAAGAACAACAUCCAGACAGACGCUUUGGGGUGACGUGGUUGUUUUUUGGCUGUAGACAUCAGGAUAGGGAUUACUUAUUCAGAGAAGAGCUCAGGCAUUUCCAUAAGCACGGAAUCCUAACUCACCUGAAGGUGUCCUUUUCAAGAGACGCCCCUGUUGGGGAGGAGGCCCCAGUGAAGUACGUGCAGGACAACAUCCAGCUUCACAGCAAGCAGGUGGCAAGGCUCCUUCUUCAAGAGAACGGUUAUAUUUAUGUGUGCGGAGAUGCUAAGAAUAUGGCCAAGGAUGUAAAUGAUACCCUUGUAGAAAUAAUAAUGAAAGAGGUUGGAGUUGAUAAACUGGAAGCAAUGAAAAGUCUGGCUACUUUAAAAGAAGAAAAACGCUAUCUUCAGGAUAUCUGGGCGUAAAGUCAGAUAAGGAAGAGAAUGAAGGGAUUUUGGCUGAAAGUACUGAAAGACGGUGUCACUGAAGUUUGAGACUUUCAAUUUUUAAAAUUAAUUUUUUUUUAACUUUUCUUAGGGGAGGUAGGGUGGGGAGUGGAUCACUUAACAGUAUAGUUUUCUGUAUACUGCCCCCCUGCUCCUGCCAAACCUGCCUGUGGCUCAAUAGGCCCCCUAGCUGAGGGGCAGCCCCCUCCACCAGCACCUCCAGGGGCCACUUCUACACUUUGAGGAACUUCACAGAGACCUUGGCCAGGUCACAGGGAGUCUGUAUCUGUGCAUGCGGGGGACUUCCCAGUAUGGGAUGUGGGCACGAGUUCCCCAGGCAGAUAGUUAAAUCUGGGAACUUGUGUUGCCAGUUUUUUAAAAUAAUGUAAAAAGAAUUUAUCAUUAUAUGAAAUACACCAUAAAGAAUACAUGUUAAAAUUAUACAUAUAUAGAAAGCAUAUCUGAUUAUGUUUCUAUUACUUUAUCAAAUGUUUAUUUUAAUUACCAAAAGUAUAGUUCUGACAAAAAAUAUUUUAAGCUACUAAUAGGGAAU